AUGCAUAAAGAACUUAUUGAAGAAUCUGUUCAUAAUGCCCAAUUUUCUCAUGAUGAAAUUCCUAAGGUAGAAACUAUACGUAAUUGGGUUUCUAGAUAUUCAGCAGAAAUGAAAAAAGAUAAUAUUUGA